AUGCUCUUCAUCCUUUCGAGGGAGUCCAUGGCUGAGAAACGCCGGCUCUCCGCCCGUGAACGUCGCGAACCUGCGGCCAAGCGACGGGUCUCCGAAGCGACCACGCGAGCAUCGUCACCAGCACAAUCUCAACACGCGACAAGGAGAAAGGCUUCCACACCCGCUACUGCCUCAUCGCCAGCUCCGACAGCGAAUCCUGCCUCAGAAACCGUCGUACCACCUAUUUCGACGAAGGUCAAGGAUGGGGAGCCCCUCCCGGUCCUCCCUUCGCCGCAGCCCGCGGACCUCUCCCUUAAAGAGUAUCAAUCAAUCGCGGAAAGCGCGGUUCUUCUUGCCUCCCUAGAACGUUCGAAGAAGAAAUGGCUGAGCGACGGUAUCCUCGAGCGCUAUUGGACCAAGCCGAAAAAGACGAAAAGGGAGCAGCUUGAAGGCAAAAAUCCUCCCAAGGAGUCGAUGUCUAAAGUCGGGCCGUGUAACAUUGUCGUCGGGCCUCAUCUUUUUGAUGCGAUGCUGUAUACAGUCAAAGACCCCAACGCGCCGCCACCAGUUCAAUACACCCCGACCCAACGGCCGAUGGUCCACUAUGGCCACCCCAAUAACUUUCAGCAAUACCAUCCUUAUCCUCAGACUCCUCAUUCUGCCCAGAAUCAGCGACCACAGCCCCCUCAGACCUCACACGCCCCACCUCAGUCUCAACAAGGCUACCGCCCUCCUCCGCAGCCGGCAAGGACGCCGAGUAACCAGACUCCCCAUCGUCCCCCUGGGCCCCAGCCCGCACAGCAGCGUCCCGCCGCAAGUCAGAACCCUCCCACUCAGCCUCCAAAACCAAAUCCUGACCCUGUUAUUCAAAUGCUUGCUACGCGGGCUGCUCAGGACCCCGAACUGAAAGCUUUGAUGAGGCUGGUUGCGUCGACAAAUGCGACACAGGAACAAUUGCGCACCUUCCAGGCCCAUAUAGAUGAGUUAAAUGCAAUUAUAAGGGCGCGUGAACAGCAGCAGCGCCGCCAGCAGCAGCAGCAGCAGCAGCAACAGCGACAGCAGCAACAACAGCAACAACAGCCAGGAACACCUACGCCAACACAACCGCCCCCUCAAACAUCCUAUCCUCCGGCGCAAGUACCUCAGCAACCAGUUCAGCAGCCAUUGCCGGCGAAUCCCCAGCAACAGCCUUCCCAGCAAGAACAGCGAACACCUACACCGCAGGGCCCGCCUCAGCCCCAGCAAUCAUCACAAUCCCGCCCUCCUGUUGAAGUUCAAAUACCAAGGUCUUCGCAUGCCACAGUCGCGCCUCAAAACCAGGCCGGGUUCUCGCAGAACCGCCAGACUCCCGCGCCACAACCCAUGCCCGCAGAGCUGCCGGUGAAACAAGAACCCAGUGUAAAUACGGCCGCGCCAACGCCAGCUCCCCGUGUCUCAAGUCCGAGCGUUGGUCCGGCCUCGCAACAAAGCCCUGCCACGCAACCCUUGCCCCCCGUGCCACAACAUCAGGCAACGGCCUCGAGGCCAGGCCCACAGUAUCAGUACCAGCAGCCGCCCUUUCAGGGUCAGCCAAUUCAGUCCCGGCCGCCCCAAUACGGUUCUCCGGCUCCGUAUUACCGUUCCACUCCUGCGAAGCCGCCAGUACCUCCAAGGUUCAACUAUAAAUCAGUGGUUUUCGAAUUUACAUCACCUCUAACUCCGUACGGAAGCAGCACGUCAGGCCAUGCAGGAUCAGGAGAUCGGUACCUGUUCCCAGAAAACACUAUCCUGGAGUGGCUCCCUGGCGGAACCACUGUCAUCGCUUCUUUCUUGCUGGUCAGGAAAGUGGAUCCAAACGCUCCAUUCCCCAUUGAGACAUCCGCAGACACUGCUCCAUCUCGAGCUAAGGGCAAGACUGGUCCAAAAUCGAAAAAGGCGGACAAAAACAAAGAUAAGGCCGGCGACGUCCAGAAUGGGAAAGACAAGGUCAAAGAAAGUGAAGCCGGUGCGAUAAAUGGAGACAAUCCACAAUCAGAGAAUAAGGACUCGUCCGCCUCAGACUCUAAACAAAACAUCCAAGAUAGCCAAGGCGACCAAAAGGCCUCACAGCCCGCGGAUCCAAGCAAAUCUGCAUCAGACACGAAAACGGGCGACGACAAGAAAUCCCCACCGCUGAAAGAAUACUACCAACCCGUCACCUUCCGCAUUUACAGCUCAAACCCCAAGACUCUCGAGCCCUUGGCGCGGGUUGUGAAACCACAGGAGGAAGUACGCAAGUAUAUGAAUGAGGUCAUGGACCGCGCCGAGAGAGCCCCCGAGGGGUUCCUUGUUUACCGACUACCGCGCGAGCAGCCAAUUGAGGACCAUGAGUUGGAAGUGGACCAUGGCAAAAAGGGCGGCACGCCUGUCCCAGGGUCAGUUGGGCGUAGUAAGCCGUUAAGGGGGAGGAAUUUUGGUGAAGACUCAGAGGCUGAAAGUACAGUUAAAAUCACAGAGGAUGACGAGGACGAGGAGGAAUUGAAGGACUACUAUGGGCCGCCAACAGGGUUUGUCCCGUUGGGUAAAUGA